ACCAUUUUUAGACCAGAUAUUUGUGUGAGGAACAAUGAGGUGCUGUUUGGUGUUAUUUCUUGUGUUUGCAUUUGUGGCAGGCCAAGAGUUGCCGUUAGCUGAGCCAUGCGACGAAGAAUUGUGCCAAUUGCCAAACUGUAGAUGCUCAACUACAAGUAUUCCAAGAGGUUUACUCGCAAGAGAUACACCACAGUUUGUUAUGCUUACUUUUGAUGACAAUGUGAAUAUCAUAAACAUAGAAACCUACAGAGAAAUAUUAUACAACCGUGUGAACUCGAACAACUGUUCAUCUGGUGUUACCUUCUACGUUAAUCAUGAAUACAAUAAUUACCAACUUGUCAACGAACUGUACAACCAAGGCUUUGAGAUCGCCCUACAUUCUAUCACUCACCAGACUCCUCAGAGUUACUGGCAAGAAGCCACACCUGAAAUUAUGGCGAGGGAGUUUGGAGACCAAAAACUCCAAAUGGCGCACUUUGCCAAUAUUCCUUAUGAAUCUCUCAAAGGUGUACGCAUUCCCUUCCUCCAAUUGGGAGGGAACUCCAGUUUUCAAGCUAUGAGUGAAUAUGGUUUAGAAUAUGACUGCACUUGGCCAACUAUUACUUACACUGACCCUCCUUUAUGGCCAUAUACCCUGGACUACGCUUCGAUCCAAGAUUGUGUUAUAUCACCAUGCCCUACAGCAUCCAUUCCUGGUGUAUGGAUAAUACCUAUGGUUAGCUGGAGAGAUUUAAAUGGUACUCCUUGCUCUAUGGUUGACAGCUGUCCAGCUGUACCUCCAUUCGAUGAUGAAGAUGCAUGGUUCCGGUUCAUUGUAACGAACUUCGAAAGACACUACCUGAGCAAUCGAGCUCCUUUCGGUUUCUUCAUUCACGAAUGGUAUCUCGCCGUCAAUCCAACUGUAAAGAGAGCCCUGAGCAGAUUUAUAGACCUCGUUAAUAACCUCAAUGACGCUUUUCUGGUUAAAAGUUAUGAUGUAAUCGAAUGGAUAAAGAAUCCUGUACCAGUUGAUGAGUAUAGACAGCAACCAUGCAAAACUUUCACUCCAUCGUUAUGCUUACCAGCCAGUUGCGGACCCUUGGCUUCUGAACAUAAUGAAGUUGACUACUGGAUGCAAAUUUGCAACGUAUGCCCUCGAGUAUACCCAUGGAUAAACAAUCCUCUUGGCAUAUAAUCAGAUAUUGUCUUAUAAAUUAUUAUUUAUUUAAUAGUUAUAUUCUCCAUUAAAUAAGGUUAAAGUA